AUGCAAGCCAAGGUUAAUAAGCGAUUGGUUCUAAUUAGCAAAAAAUUACAGUCGGAUAGAUCAAAUUCACUAAAGAACCAAGUUAUUAUCGACCUGUUUUCCAAUUUCAUAUCGAAUCUGCCACCAAUAGGUGGUGGAGCGAUGCCACGCUCCAGCAAACGGACGCGGAGCGGCGCUCCCGCUAGCGGGGGCGAAGUCCUGCCGGGAGCGACCGCAUUAGACGAUCAUCAUCACCACAAGAGAUCUAGAAAUAGCAGUUCACGUCGACAUUCCAAAUCAGAAGACACAAGUUUUAGUGUAAAGAAAUGUUUAACUUGGUUUAAAGAAUACACAACAGUUUCAGAACCAGAUGUUUUAGGUCCCGAAGGUAUGGAAAAGUUUUGUGAAGACUUAAACGUUGAUCCAGAGAAUGUUGUAAUGUUGGUAAUUGCAUACAAAAUGGGGGCAAAACAAAUGGGAUUUUUCACACAAGAUGAAUGGUUAAAAGGACUAACAGAGUUACAGUGUGAUAGUGUGCACAAACUACAGAACAAACUAGAAUACCUACGUAAUUUACUCAAUGAUCCCUAUGUAUUUAAGGCUAUAUACAGAUAUUCGUAUGACUUUGCAAGGGACAAGGACCAGCGCUCGCUGGACACGGGCACGGCGCGCGCGCUGCUGGGCGUGCUGCUGCCGCGCUGGGCGCUGCGGCCGGCGCUGGGCGAGUUCCUGGCGCGCGAGCGGCGCUACCGCGUCGUCAACCGCGACCAGUGGUGCAACAUCCUGGAGUUCAGCCGCGCCGUGGACGCGCACCUGGCCUCCUACGACGCCGACGGCGCGUGGCCCGUCAUGCUCGACGAGUUCGUGGACUGGCUGCGCGCCGAGCGCGCACAGGCCCCGCCCAGCUGA